CUGUGUGUAUGUGUCUGUGUGUGUCUGUGUCCAGGCUGAAUUCCAAAUGGGAUCUAAGACGACUGAGCAAGACGGUUGGGGCCACUGUCCUACCUCGUCUGACUCCACCCACGGCGGAUGAUCUGGGUCACUGUGACAGCGUCCACCUUGACGAGGUGGGAGACACGCAGGUGGUCGUCUUCAAGCAAGACAAGGAGGAGAGCGCCAUCUCCACGGUGCUGCUGCGUGGAGCCACGGAGAACGUGAUGGACGACGCGGAGAGAGCCGUGGACGACGGAGUGAACUCGUACAAAGUCCUCCUGCGGGAUCGCCGUCUGGUGCCUGGCGCUGGCGCUACGGAGAUUGAGCUAGCCCAGCAGAUAGCGGCAUACGGGGAGGCGAGUCCCGGGCUGGACCAGUACGCCAUCAGGAAGUUUGCGGUGGCGCUGGAGUCUGUGCCGCGGGCGCUGGCAGAGAACGCCGGCGCCAAGGCCAACGAGGUGCUGUCGCUGCUCUACGCCGCACACCAGCACGGCGCGCCCGGCGGCACCGCCGGCACCGGCGACGCCGGCGUCACCGGCCCCGGCGUGGGCAUCGACAUCGAGGGAGAGGGCGCCAAGGUGUUGGACGCGAACGUGGCCGGCAUCCUGGAGCCGCUGCUGCUCAAGCACUGGGCCCUGAAGCUCGCCACCAACGCAGCCACCACCGUGCUGAGCGUGGACCAGAUCAUCAUGGCAAAGCGCGCAGGAGGUCCCAAGGCUCCAGAGAAGAAGGCCGACUGGGACGAGGACAGAGACACGGCAGAGUGAAGACGAGACACGGGACGACAGAGACACGGGGACAGAGACACGGGGGCAGAGACACGGGACUACAGAGAGACACGGGGACAACAGAGAGACACGGGGACAACAGAGACACGGGGACUACAGAGACACGACAGAGAGACACGGGGACGACAGAGACACGGGGACAGAGACACGACAGAGAGACACGGAGACAGAGACACGGGGACGACAGAGACACGACAGAGAGACACGGGGAUAGAGACACGACAGAGAGACACGGAGACAGAGACACGGAGACAGAGACACGGGGACAGAGACACGGGGACAGAGACACGGGGACAGAGACACGGGGACAGAGACACGGGGACAGAGAGACACGGGGACAGAGAGACACGGGGACACGCUGCGAGACGGGGUUAGGGGGACACAGGGACAGAUGCUGAGACACGGGGUUAGGGGGACACGGGGACAGAGACACGGGGACAGAGAGACACAGGGACAGAUGCUGAGACACGGGGUUAGGGGGACACGGGGACAGAUAGACACGGGGACAGAGACACGGGGAUGACAGAGAGACACGACAGAGACACGGGGACCGAGAGACACGGGGACAGAGACACGGGGAUGACAGAGAGACACGGGGACACGCUGCGAGACGGGGUUAGGGGAGGACACGGGGGCCGAUGUGUAGACAGUGCUGAGACACUUGGGGUGAGUCCGGGGACCGAGUCUCUCUUGUCAUCGGCACGCUGUCUUGGUCACGUCUCACUGCGCACUGUUAACUUAUCACUGCAGUUAAUAAACUCGGAGAUGUAAACACC